GCCGGCGGCGGCGCGCACAGCUGGGCGAGGGGAGCAGACGUGUCGAGUCGUGCUCUCUGUGGAGGCUUGGGCAGGAUGACUUCGGCGGCGCUGGAGAUUCUGGGGCUGGGGCUGGGCAUCCUGGGCUGGGUGGGAGUGAUCCUGGCCUGCGGGCUGCCCAUGUGGCAGGUGUCGGCCUUCAUCGACGUGAACAUCGUGGUGGCGCAGACCAUCUGGGAGGGGCUGUGGAUGAACUGCGUGGUGCAGAGCACGGGGCAGAUGCAGUGCAAGGUCUACGACUCCAUCCUGGCGCUGCCGGCCGAGGUGCAGGCGGGGCGGGCGCUCACCGUCGUCGUGGCGCUGCUGGGUCUGGUGGCCCUGAUGGUGACCGUGGUGGGCGCGCAGUGCACCAACUGCAUCCGGCCCGGCAAGAUGAAGUCCCGCAUCGUGAUCGCCGGCGGGGCCAUCUACAUCCUCUGCGGGGUCCUGGUCCUCAUCCCGCUCUGCUGGUUCGCCAACAUCGUCAUCAGCGACUUCUACGACCCCACCGUGCCGCCGUCGCAGAAGCGGGAGAUGGGGGCCGCGCUCUACAUCGGCUGGGCGGCCACGGCGCUGCUGCUUUUCGGGGGCUGCCUCAUCUGCUGCUGCUCCUGCUCCCAGCGCGACGAGACCUCCUUCCCCGUCAAGUACUCGGCGCCGCGGCGGCCCACGUCCAACGGCGAGUACGACAAGAAGAACUACGUCUGAGCGCGGCCACGGACAGGCGGCUGCCAGCCGGCGCUGCCGGCAGUCCCUGCGGCGAGCUCCGGCGCUCCCCUGCCUAGAGUCUCUUCUUAACGGGGAACCCCGUCAAGCGGCAGCCCUAGGCAGAGCUGCGCCCCGCCGCCCGCCCGCCCGGCUCGCCGGCGGGUCCGUCCGCUCUGCUGCGGCAGCGCGGCGCUGGGCGAGCGAAGCCCUCGCCGGGCGCACGGCAGCCGGCGGCUCGGCGGCCCGGGGCGGCGGGAGGAACCGCGGAGCCCGGACGAGCCGCGGCUGCCGGGACGCCCCGUCCGCGCUCCGCCGUCUCUCGCCCGCCGCAGCGGCCCCCGGCCCUGUCGCGGCGCUCCCGCGGGACUCGCCCGCGCUCCGCUGCCGGUGCCACUCUGGGCACUGCUGGGCUGGCGGGACCGGGCCGUCGGCUGUGCGCUGUCGCCGAGGAGCAGCUUCCCGUCUUCGUUUUCUCUCGUGAAACCCUGCGUUUGGCCGUUCCUGCCAGGACUGUCAGUGGGUAGGGGGUCUUGUUCUUCUAUCUGGGCGACUAAACUAGGGAUUCUGUCUAAAGCAUGACACUAACCUCGGUCCUUAAACCCGCAGGCAAGUAACUGGAGAGAGAGAUGUUAUUUUCUGCAGUUGUUUCAGUCCCUCAGUGAAGUGCAUUGCCUGUCUUUGAGACCUUUGAAGGAGAUUUUGGGUAGUUGAUGUCAUUUAGUGGAGUACAAACCAGGUUAGACUAGGUUUCCCCUUGAGGUUCUUCAUGCCUUCUCCUUCAUCAGCUUCUGUUGUGUUUUUACUUGAAUAUGAAUUCAUUGCCAGAAUUAUUGGAGGACUGGAUUCAGAGAUCCAGGAGAUCUGUCUGUGUCCUGGCUCCAGUGGGCAUCCCUCUGCAUCCUCUCAUCUGCGCUACAUGAGACUGGAAACAUAAAAGUUGCCCCAGAUAUUGAUAGUUGGGGGUAUGGAUGUCUUUCACGGCCUUCUUGCCAAGCCCUUCUUGCUGCCAAUUUUGAAUUGGGUGUUCAGUUGGAUGUGCAUUUGGUUGGCUCUUCAUACCUUUUUUUUUUAACAUGUGCUUUCUUUCAUUUACCAAAUCUAGCAGAGAAAUAGCUAGAAAAAUAAGUAUCUUGGCUGAGACUUUAUGCAGGUUCACCAGGAGAUGGGAAAUGAUGGCUCUCACAGCUCUCAGUUCCUCUGUACUGCCCUGGUAACAAUGUACAGACUGGAAGGAAGAUGCUCAGGGCAACAGAACUCUCAUUGUCUGAGCUCAACACCUGCUAAACUUCACCACAGCCUGGACUACUAGUGAAACCUUUCCAUUUUACACUGCAGAGACAAACUCUCUGAAGGAGGGAUUAAGGGGUGCUGCAAUAUGCAUCCACACAAAUUACCUGAACUGUUACAUCAACACAGAACUCUGCUACAGCCCGUGGCAGCCUCUGUGUCGCCAUAAGGAGAUUUCUGCCAAGAGUUAGUGAGGAAAGGUGCUGUUUCUAUUCCUCAGAGCACAACGCUACGGCCUCAUGGGUCCCUCACAACCCAACCGUGCGGCGAUGCAGCACACACCCAGCCUGAGCAUUAACUCUUACAACUUCCCAUAACACCAAGACUUAUGGACUAACCCUAACUGUGGGUUUGUGGCAGAAUUACAUUGACUCUGUUCUUCCCUUGCUCAGCAAACUUAAAAUCCUGUUGAUAUCAAAAUGUUCACAGACCUGAAUGAGAGACUGAAGCCUUGCCCCUGCAGGUUUUGGUGUUGGAUACUGAGCAUGUGGUUUCCCCUUUUAAAAGAGAAAUGCUUUUAUUUUUAAACACAUAAAUUGGGAAUACAAAAGCAGAGCAAUAUGUCUAGAACUAGUUUUGCUCUAUAAAGAGGUGCAGUUUUUACUCUGUCUGCAUUUAAAUACAAGCUAUGAUGUGAUAUGUAGUUUUGGUACAAGAAUGAAAUAUUUUGUAUUUCAUCAUUGCAACUUUUUUAAGCAGUGCAGCCCUGUAAACUGUAAAUGUAUUUAAAUGCUUAUAUUUUGCAAGAAAACUAUCAAAGUUGGCUUGUUAUGUCGUUUGGUGCCUUUAUUUGUUUUAUGGUUACUUUAUCUUAGAGUGUCGCCUUUGUCACCCAGCUCACAGGCACACUCCCUCCUCACUCUGCUCUCUUGCUUCUAGCAAACGAGUCAACAGAUUGCAGCCCAAAUCCCGGACCUCGCUGUCUUUUGUCUCAAGUUAAAGUACUAAAAGUCCCCCUUUCCCCCAACAGACACGCCUGUAUGUAUCUGUACUGUAGAGCCUUCAGGAGUGCUGCAGGAUUUGGGCUCUGACCAAAAGAUGAAAUCUUUCUGGGCAGUGCAUCACUAGCAUUUCAGAUCAAAUCAAAACCAGAGUCUUGGGAAGAGGGAGGGAAAGCCACAACAAAGAAGGGAAUCAUUUUUAAUAAGCCAAACUUUGUGGUAACAUGGCUUUGUCUAGUGGCAGGGCUGGAUCCUCUCACAACCAAAGUUUGAAACAAUUACACACCAAGACCUCUUGGAAGAAGCCAGCACUAACUCUUUAUGUACUAGUAAACACAGCAUCAUCCUGCCCCAAUCCCAAGGGGCUGUACCACGGUUUUGCUGGGGGCAGUGCCCAUCAACACCAGCAGGAAGGAAGGCCCAAUUUAAGGCAACAUUUUGAUAUUUAAUCUCAUCCUUCAGUAUAUUUACUGUUGCUGUGCUUUAAAAAAUAACCUGAGAGAACACUGUUACUGAGGCACUGGCUUCAGGGUGAAAGUUUUAAGUUGUUCUUUGUUAUGUUUUGUUUUCCAAGAGCAAAGAGCUAGUCCUGAACUUUAAGACUUGGAAGUGCUCAGGAUCAGGCCUGAACCUCAUCUCAAUGGAAAGAGAAAUCUAGAGCACUUGUUUACUAUUUUUAUUUUGCAUUUAUGAUUUCACAUGAAAAUAAAACCAUGUAAACCAA